AUGAGGAGGAGGAGGAAGAGCGUUUGUUUGUUUCAGCGUAUCCUGGCUGCCGGCGCAGGUGCAGUGUCGCUGGCCGGGGCAGGUUUGCUGUACGCGUUGGAAAGUGCGGUAAAGGUGGAGGCCUACGAGCACUUCCCGCAUCCGGCGCCACUGCCAUGGACGCACAAGCGCCUCUUCGGCACCAUCGAUAUGGCAUCGUUCGCGUGCCAUUCGAUGAAAUGGAUCGCUUAUCGUCACUUGAUUGGCAAUAUUAUGAGCGAGGAAGAAGCAAAAGCGGAAGCGGCCGCUGUUGUGAUGCCGGACUUCGAUGAAGCUGGAAAUGCGAUCGAGCGGCCUGGAGAAAUCAAUGAUCAUCUGCUAUCGCCGUACCCUAAUGCAGCAGCUGCAAAAGCAGCGAACGGUGGCACGUUCCCUCCCGAUCUCUCGAUGUUAUUGCUCACACGAGAGGGUGCGGAGGACUAUGUAUUUGCGCUUCUAACAUCGUACCACGAUCCGCCGGCUGGCUUAAAGCUGGAUGCCGGGAAAUAUUACAAUCCGUAUUUCCCGGAUGGCGUCAUCGGCAUGCCGCAACAACUUUUUGACGGUGGAAUGGAAUUCAAAGAUGGCACGCCAGCGACAGCUAGUCAGCAGGCCAAAGAUAUAUGCACUUUUAUGCGGUGGACUGCCGAACCGUUUUAUGAGAGGAAGAAGAGGCUGUUCUUGAAGACGUUGCUUUUCCUGCCGUUGGUAACGUUCAUUUUGGUAUACGGCAAAAGGCAUAUUUGGACAUUCAUUAAAGGACGCAGAAGUGUGUGGAAGACAGUUAAGGGACGCGAAAGGCCGGGAACAUGA